AUGAGCUUUUUGCGCUGCAAUAGGCCCUUUCUGGGGGCUCUCCGGUCCUCUCGACCCCAAAGAACACUCCCCAUCACUCAAUUCCCAACAACAUCGUCAUUCAGGCGGAACUUUCAUGCUGCCUUGCCGCUGUGGGGGGUCAGAUCUCAAAUAUUGAAGGAUGUAGGAGAGGGGAUCACGGAGGUCCAAAUAAUCCAGUGGUAUGUCGAGGAAGGCGCCCACAUUGAGGAAUGGAAGCCAUUAUGUCAAUAUCAAUCCGACAAAGCAGUUGAUGAUAUUACUUCGAGGUACGCAGGGGUGGUCAAGAAGCUUCACUUCCAGGCAGAUGACACUGUCCCUACAGGGAAGGCACUCUGUGAAAUAGAAGUCGAAGAUGGAAAAUAUCCAGAGGAGCAUAACGCUGCGGAGGCAACCCCAGAGCCCGUUCAACCCUCUGUUAUAAUCGCGGAUACUCCCUCGGAACAAUCGGCAGAAUCUACCCCAUCAUCCUCGUCCAAGUUGGAUCCUAUCGGAGCUGUCAAUGAGCCCCCACGGUCAAAGUAUGCCACUCUCGCUACCCCAGCGGUACGUGGGCUGUUGAAGACACUCAAUAUCAAUAUCCUAGAUAUCAGUGGAACUGGCAAGGAUGGCCGUGUACUCAAAGAGGACGUCCACAGGUUUGUUGCCGGUCGUGAUGCUGCAGCUGAAGCGCGGUCUGCGAUCACACCUAGUCAGCAAACGGAAACAACGGUGAACCUGACGCCUAUCCAAUCGCAAAUGUUCAAGACCAUGACCCGUUCUCUCACUGUCCCACAUUUCCUCUACGCGGAUGAACUCAACAUCAACAAUAUUACCGCCAUGAGGAAGAAGUUGGCCAGCGAUCCUAGAGAUCCCAAGAAAGUCACCUUCCUCUCAUUUGUCAUCAAAGCGGUGUCCCUGGCGCUCAAUGAAUAUCCACUUCUCAAUGCCAAAGUCGAUAUGAGCAACCCCGAAAAACCGAAACUUAUCAUGAGACCCAAGCAUAACAUUGGAGUCGCGAUGGAUACUCCGCAGGGACUGAUUGUCCCAAAUAUCAAGGAUGUCGGAAAUCGAACAAUUCUGGAGAUUGCAUCAGAAAUCUCACGCUUGAGUGCGCUUGGAAAGGAUGGAAAACUCACACCUGCGGAUCUCAGUGGUGGCACCAUUACCGUUUCCAACAUCGGUAAUAUCGGCGGCACCUAUGUAGGACCAGUGAUUGUACCAACUGAGGUGGCCAUCUUGGGAGUUGGAAAAUCAAGAACGGUACCUGUCUUUGACGACGUCGGGCAGGUCACAAAAGGUGAGCUCGUGAAUUUCAGCUGGAGCGCAGACCAUAGAGUUGUGGAUGGUGCAACUAUGGCAAGGAUGGCCACGAUGAUUCGCGAGUUCAUUGAAUCACCUGAGCUGAUGCUCCUAAAUAUGAGGUAG